AUGUCUUUGAACAACACCUCCAAUGAUUCUCCCGGCUCAGCGUCCAUUCAGCCUCUCCACAACCCAGAAUUUGCAGCUCAUGUCGUCGUGCCCCAAGCACCGUUAGGCAAUGUAGUAAACGCACCUGGAAUGGGUGCAAAAGCAUUACUGGCGAAGAAAAUGGCAAAGUCACACAACCCAACCUAUAUUUCGCCAACAGAUAAAAUGAUGACCCCGUGUACACAAAAACUGUCCGCAGCCAAAAAGAAGCACUUCUCCACCACCGCAAAGCCCGUGCAGCUAUUCGCACAACGAGAGGAGAACGUCAAUGACUCAGAAGAUAUCCCCAGUGCUUCCACUGCUGGAGAUGAUGCAGGACGUAAUCCCACAAACAUUGAGCAGGACGACGAAAACCCCUUCUAG